GCAGUGGGUGGAGACAGGAUAGCAAGUCGAAUCGAAAUCGCCCUUUUGACAGCUAACAUUUUAAAAAAAAUACUGUCCAACUUUAAACUUGAAUGAAUGCGUUGGUAUUUCGUACAGUUGCACCUACAUUGAGGCAUAUCGUUAAGGAGGUUCAUUCUAUCACGUCAAUCUUCUGGAACGUUUCUGCGGAGAGUAUGCUCUGGAGCUAGUAAUGCUGCCUUAGCUGAAACAUUUCAGCUGCAGUGAAGAAAAUACCUUUCCGUUUUAUCGAAACUCCCCGGUGUAUCAGCACCUGGCUAGCGGGAGACAGAGCAUGCGUGUGAGGUCAGAGAUCAAAUUGAACGUGGAGCUGUGAUGCGUGCGGCGAGCUGCAGGAUGAAUGUGGCGGCCAUUCUGAACGGCCUACUGGUGUCGGUGGUGGCAGCACUGCUCUGGAAGUACGUGAGGCUAAGCGAGCAUGCUGCAGUACUGGAGGAGGAGCUGCAGCUGACCCGCCAGUCCCAGGAGUUGUCCCAGGCCCGGAUAGACUACCACACUGCUCUGCUGGCCCUCCAAGAGUAUGGCACCCGUAUGGUCUGCACCGGCAAGAUGCACACUGAUCGCAUCUGCCGCUUCGAUUACCUGUGCUACUGCACCGAGGCCGAAGAGUUUGUCUUCUUCCACAGCAACUCCUCCUUCAUGCUGCCCAACCUGGGGCCCCGGCGCUUCCAGCCGGCCCUGCUGGACCUGUCCUCUGUGGAGGAUCACAACACCCAGUACUUCAACUUCCUGGAACUGCCCGCAGCUGCCCUCAAGUUCAUGCCCAAGCCUGUGUUCGUCCCUGACGUCGCCCUCAUCCUCAACCGGUUCAAUCCGGAUAAUCUGAUGCACGUGUUCCACGAUGACCUGCUUCCCAUCUUCUACACCAUGCAGCAGUACUCGGACCUGGACGAUGAGGCCCGCCUGGUCUUCAUGGAGGGCUGGAGUGAGGGCGCACACUUUGACCUCUACCGCCUGCUGAGCAGCAAGCAGCCACUUCUCAAAGAACAGCUGAGGAACUUUGGCAAACUUAUGUGCUUCACAAAGUCCUACGUGGGCUUGUCCAAGAUGACCACAUGGUACCAGUACGGCUUUGUCCAGCCACAGGGCCCCAAAGCCAACAUCCUGGUCUCUGGGAACGAGAUCCGUCAGUUUUCCUCAUCGCUGAUGGAGAAGCUCAAUAUCACCACGCUAGGAGGAGAGGAGAGCCCAGUGGAGGAAAAGGAUGAGUACAUCGUAGUGUUCAGUCGCUCCAUCAACAGACUCAUCCUGAACGAAGCAGAGCUGAUCCUGGCGUUAGCGCAGGAGUUCCAGAUGAGAGCUGUGACGGUGUCUCUGGAGGAGCAGACCUUCCCCAGCAUCGUCAAGGUCAUCAGCGGGGCCUCCAUAUUGGUCAGCAUGCACGGGGCCCAGCUGGUCUCCUCUCUCUUCCUCUCACGGGGGGCCAUCGUAGUGGAGCUCUUCCCCUAUGCGGUCAACCCAGAGCAGUACACCCCUUACAAAACCCUGGCCUCUCUACCAGGCAUGGACCUGCAGUAUGUGGCCUGGAGGAACAUGGUGGAGGAGAACUCUGUGGCCUACCCAGAGAGGCCCUGGGAGCAGGGAGGUAUAGCCCACCUGGAUAAGGAAGAGCAGGACCACAUCCUGGCCAGUAAGGAAGUGCCCAGACACCUGUGUUGCCGCAACCCUGAGUGGCUCUAUCGCAUCUACCAGGACACCAUAGUGGACAUCCCUUCUUUACUAGAGGCUCUCAGAGCGACAGUGAAAACCAAGCCCAACCUGAAGAAGGCCAAGCCUGCCAGCACGGUCCACCCAGGCCAGGUCAGAGAGCCCCAGUGCCAGACGUCGGUCCAGGCCACCAACGAGGCUAAGCUGACUGUGUCGUGGCAAAUCCCCUGGAACCUCAAGUACCUGAAGGUCAGGGAGGUGAAGUAUGAAGUGUGGAUCCAGGAGCAAGGAGAGAACACGUACAUGCCUUAUAUUCUCCCCCACCAGAACUAUACCUUUUCUGAAAACAUCAAACCCUUUACGACGUACCUGGUGUGGGUGCGCUGCAUCUUUAAUAAAAACCUCCUGGGGCCCUUUGCAGAUGUACUCACGUGCAGGACAUAAUUUGAGUUGAUAUUUACAGUUUGAAGUAUGUGACUGCUUGUUCCGGAUGAUCAGAUAUUGGGGCUGUGGAUUAUUGAAGGUGAUGCUAGAAAGGUUCUGUAUAAUUUCAGCCAGUAGUUUUGAAAGUAGCGCUCACGAGCCAAAAUGGGUCCCAGAAAAUGGUGCACAAUUGUAUACGACGUCAUUCAUUUUGUAUGAUAUGUUACGUCCUGCACAAUAAAUGUAUGUUUCCUGAAA